GCGUUGUAAAACCACACAAACAUUAUCCUCAUAGAUGCACUAAGAAGAGCUUAAGAAAUAGAAAGAACAAAAAAAAAGAAAAAGAUUGGAAGCAUUAUAAAACCACAAAAGCUUUAUCCUCAUACUUGCAACAAUUUUCAAGAUUUGAUUGAUCUCUUAACAAUGUCAUCAUCAUCAUCAUCAACAGUUCAUGCUUUCUUGGGAGAUGAGCUGCUGACACAAGAAACAAGAGAUCUGAUCUCUUCUCUUCCAAAAGAGAAAGGUUGGUUAGGGAGUGAAAUGUAUCAAUUCCAAGGAUAUUGGCACACACAAGCUCUGUUACAAGGACUCUUGACCUGUCAAAAACGCUUUGAAGCCAAAGAUUCCGACAUUAUCCUCGUCACCAGUCCUAAAUCAGGUACUACUUGGUUAAAAGCUCUUGUCUUUUCUCUCGUUAACCGACACAAGUUUCCAGUUCCUUCUUCUGGUAAUCAUCCUCUUCUGUUUACCAAUCCGCACCUUCUCCUACCCUUCUUGGAAGGAGUUUACUACAAAACCCCAGAAUUUGAUUUCACUGGGUUGCCUAUUCCAAGACUGAUGAAUACGCACAUAGCGCAUCGUUCGCUGCCCGAAUCCGUUAAGAGCUCGUCUUGUAAGAUUGUAUACUGUUGUAGGAACCCUAAGGACAUGUUUGUGUCCUUUUGGCAUUUUGGGAAAACGCUAGCUCGUGAGGAAACCACAGACGCAGAGUUUCCGAUUGAAAAAGCGGUAGAAGCGUUUUGCAAAGGGAAGUCUAUGAGUGGACCCCUUUGGGAUCAUAUAUUAGAGUAUUGGUAUGCAAGCCGCGAGGAUCCAAAUAAGGUCUUUUUUGUAACUUAUGAGGAGCUCAAGAAGCAGCCCGGAGUUGUGCUUGGGCGAAUCGCUGAGUUCUUGGGAUGUGGUUUUACUGACGAAGAAAUAGUGCAAGGCAAAGUAGAGGAGAUUGUGAACUUGUGUAGCUUUGAGAGUUUAAGUAAUUUGGAAGUUAAUAGACAAGGGAAACUACCAAAUGGAACAGAGUCUAAAGCUUUCUUUAGAAAAGGAGAGACCGGAGGAUGGAGAGAUACUUUGAGUGAGUCCUUGGCAGCGGAAAUUGAUCGAACCAUUGAAGAGAAGUUUCAUGGUUCUGGUCUGAAAUUUUCUUCUUGAAUCAAUCUUUUAAACUUGUUCUUGUUCUUGUUCAAUUGUUUUUUGAAUGUUGUGAGUUUUUGUUGUUUGGUGUCAAUGUUUUUGUUUUUGAGUUUUUCUUCUUGUUGUUUUUUGUAUGAAUAAAAUGAAUCGGAUUAUUCUAUGUCUGUGUGUUUGUCUUUUAACUACCACUAUAGAUUCGGAUUAUUCUAUUCUUGUUCA